AUGCGCGCUCGACGGGCCAAAAACUUUGGCCGGUCUGCCGGUGGCAAACAUUUACCAAAAAAACUCCCACGAUCAAUCUCCAUGGUCCCUCGGUACCGCUUCGCCCCCCACCAAAAAUCCCCGCACCUCGCCCCACCUCUUCCCUACAGCCUCCGCGCCAGCCACCGCCUCGACCGCCGCCGGACAACCUUCACCUGUGCCUCUCCACGCGCCGCCGGACAGCCGCGCCGUCCACGCGCCACGCGCCGCCGGACAGCCGCGCCGUCCGCACCCGCGCCGCCGGACAGCCGCGCCGUCCGCACCCGCGCCGCCCGGACCGCCGCGCCGUCCAGCGCCCGCGCCGCUCGGACCGCCGCGCCAUCCACGCUCCGACCGGGUAUGCGUCUGCUGCUAGAUCUUGGCGCCAAUGCUGAGACCCCUGAUGGAAGGGAUGCCGCUGAAGCUGGGCACCAUGGCGGAAGGGCGCAUCCAUGGUUGACUCCUCGGGGCAGCCGUGCUAACCUGGUUUCGCGCGAUGGGAAGGCGGAACCGCGGAAGGACCGCCGCCUGGUGGCCAGGCAGCCUCGGGCCGUAGGGCAUGAGUGAAAGCAGGAAUGAGGUUCAACACACUUUGCAUUAGCCAUCUGAGGGCGUAUAUAUACAGUUACAAAACGCCUCACGGGCCAGAUCGUGUGCCACUACUUGCACGUACACAAACCCACUCACGCACUACCUAGGCCACGCGCACUCACACUCUGUAUGCUAACAAUGAGUUCAUUGAUGCGACCUAAUGUCAGCCAAGAUUGGUUGAUGCAGAUCGUGAGGUGUUUGAGAAAAGAUUUCAGAGUUCUGGGCAUGGCGUCGUUGAGGUAUAUGUCUUGGUCACUGUGUCCUCCUACACCAACUCUUGGGUUAACAUUCAUGGCACGUAUGUAUGUCAGGAUGUGUCUUGACCAAAAGGAUUUUCUUACAAUGUGUGGUUCUUGGUACUAGUAUAUACCAUCGCAUAUAUUCUUAUUCUUGAUCGACAUUGGUCAGUCGUUACUGCAUGCCAUAUUUUUUAUGGAUAAAUAUCCCUCUGCUUGGUAUAUUAGGAAACUUUUUGAACACCAUUCAUGAUUCAUUAUUAUUGUCAGUUUGUCACACCACCGAUGGUACUAAGCUUCAUCUUGUUCUUCUUGCAGUGAUUGGAAUUUGGAUUGGGAUCUUCUGCAUGGAAGACACCGACUCUUUUUUGGCAUAGUCCCCAUUCUGCUAUUAGCUGGGUUUGGCCAUGUAUUGGGAAUAGAAGAAUUGCACAACUAUAAUUGGCUGAACUAUGAAG